UUUUUCAUUGCAAUAUAAAUAUAAUUUUAAUUGCUCUAAAUGUAUAAAUUUUUAGAUAAUAUAAUAUUAUUAAAUAAUAAAUUAUACGAAUAAUUAUUACCUGAUAAUAAUUUCAAGUGUAUCAUAUAAUCAAAUCAAUCAAGAAUUAGAUCAACGCAUAUUGACUCUCAAGCUCGGAAGCAGGAGUUGUAGAUAUCUCGAAAUUCAUUUAAGUUUUAUUUCAAAUGCAUAGUAAUUAUCUCAUAUUUUUAUGGUAUUCUGAUAUAAUAAUUUCUUUCUCUCUCUCUCUCUCUCCCUCUCCUUCUGACAUCACAAAUAUUCGUAUCAUUGUUUCACUAAAGUGAAGCAAAUAAGAAUUACAAUAGGCUUCAUAGUUUAGAAUUUGCAGCUCGAAAACUGGAAAUGGCAGAUUGCACGAAAAAGAAAAUAACAUGACGAGGGACGUUCUGAAAACAGGAAAACUUAUCGUGAUACGACUCGGUAAUACGCCCGGAACACGCGUCCGAGUCACGUGCGCGGCGCGAAAAACGCGAAUGGCGCGCGGGCAGCUUAGGGGCGCGUCGCUUGCGUGAACGUACGGUGGCAGCGAAAGGCGUCGUAGAAAGACUGGCGUCGGUACAGCUGAACUAGGCAGGGGGCAAUGCACCUGCGACAAUAACAACAACAACAACGCGACGGGGAGCCGCGCGACGAUCAUGCCAUUCAGACCGCGAUCGUCGAUGUACUUGCGCGCUCUCCUCCCUGUCUCUUUUCCCCCCAUAUAAAGCCACCAGAGUUUCCCGCGAUGGAUCGUUUGCAUCACGCCGGAUUCCUAACGAAUCUGGGACGCGCAUUUAUGUCGCGCGAAUAAUGACACGAGAUUGCGAGGGAAACCAGGGGUACAUCGAACUGGUAAUGAUCACACGGACGAGCCGCCUUGCGAAGCGCCCGUCUUGUCACCCAUUGUGCUGCGAUCGUAUUUUGAAUAUUACGUAAUACGACGUUGUUUUAGAGAAAGUUCUCUCGUGGAAUGUUAUUAAUCAGUGAACAAUUGAGAUACUCAUAUUGUAGAGUUAUGUCGGGUCGUAAGGAACCGCGAAGUCUUGUUUUCUCUUCGGUAUUCUUACAAUUAGUUACCCAGCAAUCUCUCGUUGUUAACAAACUGGUUAAUCACUUAAUCGUAAUCUAGUCUUUUCGCGUCUUGAUAAUAUGGAGUAGGUUAACGGGUGUAAAUGACUGGUACACGUAUCGAUUUAUACUUUAUUAGCGAAUGUUAAAGUUAGCGCGCUCGUAUUAUUUCUUUCUAUAGACCGCGCGUACUCGUUACCACGUGUAAUGAUCAAGAGUACCGUAAUAUCCGUUAUACACGGCAAUGCACCGACUCUUGACUUCCCCGACCACAAUUUGGAACCAAUCAUAAACGAAGAGCAUUUGGAAAUACGUGCUGCAGUUUGAAGUGUGCCAUUCGUAUACAAAUUGAUAAACAAAGUCAAAAUAAAGAUCGAAGAAAGAUUUACACAAUAUUUUAUUAAUAAAAACAUAUCGUAAAAUACGCGCGAUUUAUAUCUACCUGCAACUAUUUUUUAACAUACUUGAGAUAUUUAAUGAAACAUUAAUUAAUGCUAAUACAUUUUUUAUUAUCUAUCACGAUUUAAUUUCCACCAGAUUUCACUUAUGGAGAAACCCUAUGUUUAUCCCAUUCCCACGUAUUUUUGGUCAAUAUCCUUUGCGUCAUAAAUUAAAACAUUACAACGAAAAUAAUUAAUGAUAGAAAAUAUCAAAUAGGAUAUUUGGAUUGAAUAAGACACAGUAAUUUUUAUUUCUCAAAAACUACAUUUCUGAAAGUUUAAAAAAAUAAAAUAAAUUACGUAGGCCUUAUUCAAUCCGGACAUCUGGUUAAAACUCUGAUUUAUUACUAAAAGAAUUUCAAUGCGCUCUUAAACUUCCUCUUUAUAUAUGCGCGCGUAACGAAUGAAAGAAAAAGAAGGAUCUCUUAUACGCGUUUCGCUGUAAUAAGGCAAGUUGAAUCGGCAAGCGGUCAAUGCUCGACUGACCUCAACAACAGUAAAAGUGACAAACGCUUGGCUCCAUUCGUCGAAGCCAGCCGACAACUCGAUUCCUCGAUUCUUCGAUCCCCUCCGUUUAUUCUCAGCUAUCUUGCGUGCCAAACGGCACUCGAUGCACCAUGCACCGCCCUCCUUACUGGAUUUCAUUCAUUUUAUUUCUCAUCUUGAACCCAUCAAGUCUCAAUUUACUCUAAUGAUUAAUAAUUAGUAAUUGUACAAUUAAUUUCGAACAUUUGGCAACAGAAGGGCGAAUGAAUCAAAAGAUUGUGUACAUUUCUAUAAUUGAGAUCAUAAGUACCAGGCGUUUCCAAUUAAGGGUAUAUUCUCGCUUUUGAGUUUCAAAAAAUCUAUUAUUAAUUUUGAUAUUUUAAAAUAAUUUAAAACUUGAAAAAGGAACAAGUUAAAAAGACAAGUUAAAAAACUUACAAAAGUUUCUAUUAAUAUAUAAACUAUAUGCAAAACUUUAAAGUAUUUUUCUCGAAGUAACUAAUUAGUUAAUUAAUUAAUUAAUAAAGGAUUUUAUGUAUCGCGCAAAGUAUGUAAAUAAAAAUAAACACGAUGAAACACUUCACUAUAUACAAAACCAUAUUCCCAGAAUACAGCUUUGGGAUAUCAAAAUAGGGCCCGUUUUUUAUCAACGUAGAUUAACUUUAAUUUCGGUUUAACUUACUCUUUAUCUUUUUCUAAUUUUUCAAACUAGAUAACAAGUAAGUUAAAAUCGAGAUUAAAAUUAAUCUACAUUGGUAGAAACGGGCCAGAUUUAUUAAUCAAGCCCUGACUUGCACGUACGUUAUUUCUUCGUGCAGGACCUAAUGGGAUUUUGCCUCGAAAGGGACAGAAAUAGAGAACAACUAUCUAAGACCUUUACAGGACCUCUUAAAGUUUCACCGGGAUGCCGUCUGCAUUCUGUCGUUCAGCAAAUGAACUUACUGCCGCGUUAUGUCGCAUUAUUGUUGCGCGAGAACUGGGAACUUAAAAAUAACUGCAUUUGUAUCCAAUAAUGAACGGUCUCCGAGAAGAUAAAUAUUCAGCCAUAUUACGACUGGUAGAAGAACGCGCGCCAUGACGACGAGGCCGCGUUGCAAAACUGGAACAGGAAAACCCGACGUGGAAAAUUGUCGUAAGAGCGACGGGACGAGCGCGGUGCAGUACUAUAAAGAGACAACGGGCUUGAGAGUUGCAAGCACGCGCGGGCGCGGGGUGAUUGGCAGAGAUUGGCGUCGCAACGAGAUCGAAAUGUCAACGAGAGUCUUGCGAACAGGAAACCUCGUACGUAUCUCUCGAGGAAACGCUCUUGUGUCUCUUUUGUCAGGGGCGCAUCCACCCUCUCGCCAGCUAAGUCUUCAUAACACUCGGUCCGCCCUUUACUUCGUUAAAAUUACAAGAGAGAGAACGUGGACAAGAGCAAUUCUCUACAAGCUACAAAACAGUAGACGGUCUGACCUCAAAUGCUUUUAGAGAGGAAACACUCUUUCUACGUAUCUUGCACCCUACAUGUCCAAUUCUAAGAUUUCAUACUAAUUUAAAAAUAUACUAAAAUAAAAACAUACUAAAAAAAAAUACAAUAUUUCAUACUAAGAUAUGUUUAAUUAUUUAUUAAUUAAAAGUUCUUGUUAAUAUAUUUAUUGAUAACAGAUAAACAGUUCUAACGAUCAUAGUUCUGAUGAUCAAAUGAUAAAAGAGAAACGCGAUAAUACGAGCGCCAUUUAUUUUUACGUCGAAUAAAAUCAAAGUUUCUCGUAAGUAAACAGUAAGUGACAGUAGAAAAGCGGAAUUUUUCUGGCCAAAUCAGAGAUCGAUCGGCGAUCUUAGAAGAUCGAUCCGCUCCUGUGUUGACCAGUUGUUACACACCGAUUGAUCGGUAUGCGACGUACUGCGCACUGGCUCUUACGAUCGCACGAUCCGAACCUUCGAAAGGACAUUGACCCGCAGAUUACCAGCGUAUUCGGCAAUUUGACGACUUGCGGAGAAUCUUCUUCACUCCUUCACCGACACUUUCAACUACAAUCCAUGACGCAAUCACUGACUGUGGUUUGCCUGCAUCCAUGUAGUUUCGGGAUACGCAGAAUCCAAACGCAUGAGCGAUUUACAACAAUGCUUCUGUGAAUAAACUAUUUAGACAAUCUUAGCCAAGAAUCUCAUUUGGUUGAAUGCAAAGCGCAUUGUUUUUUUUUAUUUUAAAACUUUAAAAAAAUUUUCCUUAUGUAUUAGACACUAUUAAAAUUCUAACGAAAAUUUUAUAGAAAUUUUUAUAUGGGGAGAAAAUAUUUUAUGUAAUAACACAAAAUUUACUCAAAAUCAAAAGUUGUAUUUUAUAAUUAAAAAUGAAAAUAUAAAUAAAAAAUUUUAGAAGAGAUUUGAACCCUACUCUUGAAUACGCCUAUGCGUAUAUUCCACGAUGACUCAUUGAUCGUUCUCCAAGGCCGCGGAGAUCUUCGUUGCAUUCAAGUUCACUAUAUUCUUAUACACACCCGCGAAUACACGUUAAAUACAAUAAAAAUGAGGCGCCCGAAUGCGACGCUCGUGAAACAUAUUUAAAUAGAUACAAUUAAAAUAUUUAUUUAUAUAUCAGUAAAUAUUAGCGAGACCCGAAUAAUCCUGAUCUACAUGUACGGACAGUUAAUGUGUUAAAAACGAUAUAUACAUCUUUUAAAUGAGAAAACAAUGAUUAAUGUGCUAUGUCAAUGAACACUUCAACGAAAAUUAAGAUGUUAUUAAAAAUAUUCAAAAUUGAAUGAUAUUAAUUAUCUUGUAUACUGCUAUAUACGCGCGAAUAUUUUGAUGCUGAUUCGUCCAUUUAUGUUACACGCGAUUAAUUAACUUUAUAUUCUUAUAAUUAUUACUAUUCAUAAUGUUAUCUUCAUAGGGAAGUUGUGUUUGGUGCUCAUGGAUAUUUUGUUGAAUUUUUUCUAUCGACUAAAAACCAUGACUUUUUAAAAUAAACUACUGGACAAAAUUAGAGGAACGAAAUUUUGAAAUAGCGCUAAGUUCGUAAAAGUUGAGCAAAAAAUCUGAAUUUUUGAUAUGAUAUAGCCCGAAGUGCUGACUUGACCCUUGUGAAGUCUCCCCGCAAUGAAUCCAGUUACGGAGUUACGCGACCCCCUGUCAAAAAUAAAAAUUGCAAGAUUGCAGUUUGAAAGAUACAAGGUAAUCUGAUGCAGAAAACGUCCCGGAAACCUAACACAAAGAGAGGCUGGAGAGAGAACAACGAUUUUUUGUUGGUCUCGAAUGCAUAACCUGAAGCGAUCACUGGGUAGUUUGGCGCAACCAUGACUCACUGUUUUCAGUGUCCGAUCAAAGGGGUGGCAGGUAGAAGUUGAAAGGGGUAAGUUUCGUGCGUGGUCAGGAAGGAAUGCCAGAGAUCCCGAGUGCGGUUUGGUCCAUUUCUGAAUUUUUCUAAAUCAUAUAAAAGAUUCAGAUUUCUUGCUCAACUUUUAUGAAUUUGACGCUAUUUCAAACUUUGAUUCCUCUAAUUCUGUCCAGUAGUUUAUUAUAAAACUGUUCAAAA